AUGACGGACCAGGCACUCUCUGUAGGCAUCGUUGGUGCUGGCCUUGGUGGUCUUGCAGCCGCGAUCGCUAUCGCUCGUGCAGGUGCUAAAGUUACAGUGCUUGAAGCAGCGUCUGAGCUUGGUGAGAUAGGAGCGGGCAUUCAAAUGUUUGGUAACGUUUCUCGCUUCCUCAUUCGAACAGGUGUCGCCCCCAUUAUCGGCGACAAUCUUGUACAAAUGGACGAGAUCAGGACUUGGGGACAUAGCGAGGAUGAAAAUAAUGGGCACCUCAUUGGCCGCAUCGACACAAGGAAGGUAGUCAGAGACCAGGGCUUCCCUUGGUGGGUAGUACGAAGGGACCAUCUCCACAGCGGUCUGGCGGAAGGUGCUAGACGUCACGGUGUAGACAUCAUCGUCGGGUUUCGUGCUAUGAAGCUAGAAUCGCAUGGCAAGGGGAAGCGCACCAGGAUCACAAGCGAGACGGGAUCAUCACAUACGUUCGACUUGCUGAUAGGUGCUGACGGUAUCAAGUCGUUCAUACGCAGGGCGGUGUUCCCAGAUCUUAAACCUCACGUUGCUUCAAAUAUCGCGGCAUACCGUUCCGUAGUGCCAUAUGUAGAAGUCUACGAAAAAAUUCCUGAGGCAAGAUCUAAGAUUGGAAACACCAUGGAUGCUUGGGUUGGUCCUGGAGGCUAUAUCCUGCUGUAUCCUUUGACAGCAGGAAAGGAGCUCAACGUUGUGACAGCUUUCGAGCAACCACGACCAGUCACAGAUAUCGAAGAGGUUGAUGUGCAGGAGUUUCGCGACCAUUACAAAGGAUGGGAUCCUUUCAUCCUCAAAAUUCUAGGACUUGUCAAGGAAACAAAGCGGUGGCCAUUGUUGGUUAUUCCACCAGUAAAAUCAUGGAGUAACGAAGACAAGAACGUGAUACUCAUGGGUGAUGCUAUCCAUGGCAUGCAGAACCAUAUGGCGCAAGGCGCAGCAACUGCGAUGGAAGAUGGUAUAUUCCUGGGCAGAAUCAUAUCGGAGGUCAUGCGUGGUACCAUUAAACUUGAAACCGCGAUUCACCUCUAUGAGAAGAAACGUAUACCUCGAGUGUUUCACAAACAACAAUCGGCUUUCGUGAUGGGUGAACUAUGUUGCGUCAAGGACGCGGAUCAGAGAGCCCGCAACGACAAUCAGACUCCAGAAGUCAAAGCAUGGGAUCGGUGUCCCACACAUCCUGAAGAACUGCCACCAACUUAUCGAACAUGGCAGCUGUUCGUGAGUCCCCAAGCUGUGCCAAGUAUCUUGUACUAUGAUGCGGAAGGAGAUGCGGACUUUGCAGUGGACGAGUGGUUGAUGUCCCACGAUGAUGUUGACGCUAAGACAUUGGUCAGUGAUGGAUUGAGGCAGAAGUGGUGGAGCGCACUUAGAGAUAAUGGUAUUGAGCGGUGGCAGUCAUCACUUGCGAAGUUGUGA